UCAAUUUGUAUUCCUGCGUUGGCCGUUUAUACAGACCCCGCGGGUUUUCAACUGAAAUGUUGAUACCCCGCCCGCGUGGGCUUGUGUGUGAUCCAAAAAUAUCCAGCUAAACAUUUCCCGCGCUGUAUAGCUUCGUCUGGAGUUCAGUAACGUAAUAACAGAAAACCCCGCAAAAUGGCAGGUAUACUGGAUGUCCCGAAACCCAGAAUAACUUGCGAUAUGCUAUCGCUGCACAUAGGCAGACCGGUGUGCUUUGUUGGGCGUGUUGAAAAAGUUCACCCGACCGGGAAAACGUUCACUGUCUCGGACGGAGACGGAAAGAUUGCAACAGUGGAACUUAACGAACCGCUUGAUGAAGAGCUGAGCGGUGUUCUGGAGGUCAUUGGCAUGGUGUCCAAUAAAGGAGUAAUAAUGGCCAGCACGUACAACAUGCUACGAGAGGACAAGGGCAUUCCUUUUGAUUUAGAGCUGUAUGCUGAGGCCCUGAGAGUCCUCCAUGACUUCCCCCAAUAUUACCCGUUUGAAGUGGCUGCCAGUGGAUGAGCCUUACCAUGUGAACGUGUGCUCACUAGAUUCUCAUCAAGUUCACUGCCCGUUGUUUUUCAGGUGGCCUGUUUUUUUGUUAAGUAAAAAUUAGAUUUGUACAAAAGAAUCUGUAUUAAGUAAUUUCUGUUAGUAAAAUAAAAUGUGUAAAGACCAAA